AACAAGAAGAAGGUAUCAUCAGCAUUCACCGAAGAUCGAAUUCUGGUAGCAAUGGCGUCGAAUGUUUCUCUUAAAAGCAAGGGCAAGAGCACAAAGGGCUCUUCCAAGUCAUCUGAGGGGAAAUCCGCAACCCAAGCCUUCAAGGAAUGGACCACUUGGGCCGUGAAGAAAGCCAAGGUCAUCACCCACUAUGGCUUCAUUCCUCUGGUCAUCAUCAUCGGCAUGAACUCUGAGCCAAAGCCUCAGCUCUCCCAACUUCUCAGCCCCGUCUGAUCUGAUUUGUUGCGAUACGUUUCUCCAAGAUUUGGCGCUUUUUCUGAUGGAUCGGUGCCUUUUCGGCGAUUCACGACUUGGGUUUCUGUUUUAUGUGGAUUUGUUUUUUUUUCUUUUUUUUGGGGGUGGUGGUGGAUAGGUUUAGUUAGCAUAUUAAAUUUUGUUAGUUUUGGGUAUAAUAUUGUGCUGCUCUGCUUGGCAUGCUUUGAAACUAUGAAAGAUUUGUAAUUUGAACGAAAUUUUCGAUCUAUUUUGCAUUUCUUCUGAAAUAUUAUAACUCUUGAUGCACUUUUUCCCCCGAA